CACAGACAAACUCUCGCGCUAGCUACGCUGCCUUCGCACGGAUCUCUUCGAACUGCCAGUCCCUGCCUGAAGGUUACUUUUAAAAUAUCGCUACCGUUGGCUCCUCACGAGGCUGGGAAACUCACACUCGACACGCUGCUGGACGCGGCGCGUGCCCGCCAGUGCCCGUCGUGGCGUUCCACGAGUUUCUGAAACGCGCGCACUGCGACGAAAACCUGCAGUUCAUCCUCAUCACCGAUGCGUUCCUCGACGCGGCCCGGUUCGAGCUGCAGCGCUGGCACAACGCCGUGUACCUGCAGUUCAUCCGGCCGGACUCGCCCCAGGAGUGCAAUUUGCCGCAGGAGAUCCGACAGGUGUUCGACGCCUGCUACGCGGGCGAGCGGCCGCCCCCGCCGGCCACGAUCCGGGCGGCUCGCACCCACAUCACGCUGCUGCUGCAGGACGCGUUCAACAACUUUGUCGACCGCCAGCGUCGCAGCUCGAGCGGCGCGUCGUCGGCGUCGUCGACCUCGCGGCACAGACCUGUGUCGCGCGACACCGCCGCUGCGUCCUCGCGUGCCAUGCUGGCGCCGCAGCCCCAAUCCGCGCCGGGUGCGUCGCACGCGUCGCACGCGCUGCCGUUACGCCCGCUGUCGCGACAGCUGGCGGCGUCAGCGCUCGCAAACGAGUUCGCCGUCGAAGACGAUGACAUGUCCACGCCGAACGCAGCUUCCAGGGCUCCUUCCGCGGGAUCCGCGUCGCUGUUCUCCACGACGUCCGCGGAACGCGCUGUCGCAGCGCUCGACCUGCCCCCGGGCCUCGGCGUUGCCAUCCCCGACGUCCUGCUUCCGGUGGGCCCCGACACACUUCCCUCGCUGGACCUUGCCUCCUGCGCAAGCUCUCCGCGUUCCAACAGCGCGCAGACGCUUGCCACGCCCACGACGGGCGCGUGCGAGCGCGCUGCGCCCGCACAGUCGAGCGUGCCGUCGACGCCGUCGUCCAACCUCUCGAGCCCGGGCUCUGCCGCGUUCAACUCACUCAGGCUCAAAUCCACGGGCAAAAAACUUGUACACAAGUUCAGGUUUCGUCGCAACAGCUCCGGCAGCUCUGGCACGUCGUCCGGACCCUGA